UGAAAUGUUUUUUUUUUUUAACACAAUGUGACAUGUCAAUAGUUUAUCUUCAUACAAUUUAAUUCCAAAUUCAAAAGUAUAUAGAUAUUGAAAUUAAAUUUCUCUAAAUCUUUAUGAGUAAAAUAUUGGCUAUUUUACGAAGAAUUGUUGAAAGAGUAUAGAAUUAAGGAUAACCAUCAUCAUGGCUGACGACAAAAUACAUUCAUUGGGAGUGGUCGUUCGUGCUCUUCGAAAACUUGCUGAAAAUCAUCGACCAUCUCCAGAGCAAAUUUUAAAUUACAUGGUUACGAAUUAUAAUAUACCGAAAGAAAAAAUUAAACGACGGUUGGGUUCAAUACUAAAACGAUGUAAAGAAUUUGGCAUUUUAAAACGGACAUUUGGACAUAAAACAGCAGUAAUCGAUAAACCUGCCUGUUGUGAUUGCAAAGAUUGCGUUGGAAAUUGUGGAUAUUGCGACAAAAAAGAAAAAAGUGGAAUGUGUGGUAGAAAAAAUAAGCGUAAAAUGUGUAAAGGAUCAAGAAGAAAAACAAUGAAACGUCAAUCAUGCAAAUCAAAGUCAAAGAGAUCAAAAAGAUCAAAAAAAUGUCGUUGAUUAUUUAUUUUAAAUUAUAAUAUAAACUGUCUCCAUUAUAUUUAAUUAAAAUUAAUUGUGCAUUGUUCUCUAAUUAUUAUAUUAAUUCUAAUGUAAUAAACAUAUUACAAUUUCUUCAAUAAAUGAGCUCGCAUCAA